AUGACUUUGGAGUCCAUCAUGGCGUGCUGCCUGAGCGAGGAAGCCAAGGAAGCCCGGCGGAUCAACGACGAGAUCGAGCGGCAGCUGCGCCGGGACAAGCGGGACGCCCGUCGGGAACUGAAGCUGCUGCUGCUGGGCACAGGUGAGAGUGGUAAAAGCACAUUCAUCAAACAGAUGAGAAUCAUUCAUGGAUCAGGUUACUCCGAUGAAGAUAAAAGGGGCUUUACAAAAUUGGUGUACCAGAAUAUAUUUACAGCAAUGCAGGCCAUGAUCAGAGCCAUGGAUACCCUCAAAAUCCCAUACAAGUAUGAACAUAAUAAGGCUCAUGCACAGUUAGUUCGAGAAGUCGAUGUAGAGAAAGUGUCAACUUUUGAGAUCCCCUAUGUAGAUGCAAUAAGAAGUUUGUGGAAUGACCCUGGAAUCCAGGAAUGUUACGAUAGGCGACGAGAAUAUCAGUUAUCGGAUUCAACUAAAUAUUAUCUUAACGACUUGGACCGCAUAGCAGAUUCGGCAUAUCUGCCGACUCAGCAAGAUGUGCUUAGAGUUCGAGUCCCAACAACAGGGAUCAUUGAAUAUCCAUUCGACUUACAAAGCGUCAUAUUCAGAAUGGUGGAUGUAGGAGGCCAACGAUCGGAAAGAAGAAAAUGGAUACAUUGCUUUGAAAAUGUCACAUCUAUCAUGUUCCUAGUAGCUCUUAGUGAAUACGAUCAAGUGCUUGUGGAGUCAGACAAUGAGAAUCGAAUGGAAGAAAGCAAAGCACUCUUUAGGACAAUUAUCACAUAUCCAUGGUUCCAGAAUUCUUCGGUCAUUCUGUUCUUAAAUAAAAAAGAUCUCUUGGACGAGAAAAUUAUGUACUCCCAUUUAGUUGACUAUUUCCCAGAGUAUGAUGGACCACAACGGGAUGCACAAGCAGCACGAGAGUUUAUCUUGAAGAUGUUUGUAGAUCUGAAUCCAGACAGUGACAAAAUUAUCUACUCCCACUUCACAUGUGCUACAGACACAGAGAAUAUACGCUUCGUCUUUGCUGCUGUCAAGGACACAAUCCUACAGUUAAACCUGAAGGAGUACAACCUGGUCUAA